AUGAAAAAGCAUUCCUCUGAAAAUUAAUUGGAUUAUUGUGUUUUUUACAAAGACAAAUAACUUCCAGCAUUACAUAAAACAGAUGCUGUUAAAAAAGCUUUGAUUAUAGAUUCAUUAAACAACUAUGAACAUCCAUUAAAUCAGUUAAUUGAAUAAAAGCAAACAUUUGUACCUUUUAUCAAUGAAAGGGAUAGUUUGGGUAGAUUGAUAUCAAGUGAAUCUUAUCAUAGAAAAAGAAAAAGUGAUGCAUCCAGUAUCUUUAAUUCUCCAAAGAGUAGUCAUCACUUUCUAAGUAAGAACUCAAUUUCAAACACAAGUAGUUUGUAUGAAAAUUAACUGCCUAUUACAAGGCUAAAAUUAAAGAAUCUUUUGGGAGGUACUCCAGAAAAUACAGAAUUAAUUUAAUCUACUUUAUUAGCUAGUUAAAGCGAAUUUAAAUAAUCAUUUUAGUUCAAUCCAAAAUAUAAUCAGAUAUCUUAGAGAAUACAUAGAAAGAAUAAUAGUCUACAAAAUAAAUUACCUUAAUUUUAAAGAGAAUUAAAGAUUCCUUAAUUAAAAUUGAUUAAAUAACCAACAACACCAUAAGCUACUCGAUUGUUUUAAAGUAAUUUUGUAAUUGAAAUGUUUAAUUAAAAUAAGUAUCAUUCUUAAAAAUAAUAAAAGAAUACCUGAAUAUAAAAUGUAAUAUGUAAUUUUAAUGGAAAGUAUGAGUAAAUUUUAAAUUGAAUUACUUAAGAAUAUGACAGCAAAUGAAAGAAGAAGAACCUUCGUUAAGUUAGACAAGAAUCGAAGAUUUAAAUUAAGUUUAUUGUUACUAAUUUCUAAACCUUAAACCUAGUAUAGAAUGUUAUAAUGAUUUGUAUAUAAUUUAUAUAUGAUAAUAGUUUAAUUGUUAAUUAGUGUAGCAUGUAUUCACUUUGUUUUAGCCAAAUAUACGAUAUUUCUAGAUACUAAACAAGUGUAAGAAAGUUCCUUCUUAAUUGAUAUCAAUUCUACUCAAUAAGAACAAAACAAAACAUUGGAAUUACAAAACUUUUAUAAUUAUUAAUAUGUAGGACAAAUCAGAGUUCUUUCUAAAGACUCAAUAUUACAGUAAACAUUAUACUAUGAAUAGCUUCAAAGUAAUUUUUGAUACAGGUUCAUCAUAAAUGUGGUUACCAAGUAUUGAUUGUUAAAGAUGUAAUAAAAAUUAAAUAGGAAUUGUGUGUGAAUAACCAACAUGUAUUCCAUCAUAAGAAUAAGCUUCAAUAACAUAUCAUGUUGGAGCAUUAAUAGGAGUAAAAUGUUUAGGUAUGUUCUCAAUAAAUGAGCAUUUUGAUGAAUCUCAGUUUAUUUUAGUUGAUGAAGUAACUGGAAUGGAAGGAGCUAUUUAUGAUGGAGUAGUAGGACUAUAAUAAUAAUCUAAUCAUUCUUUUAUAGAAUGGCCCAUCAGUUUUUAUUAUAAUUUUGAAAACUCUAAUCGUUAAUCAUCAAUAACUUUUGGAGGUUAUGAUGAGAAUGUAUUCAAUAAAGAAAUUAGAUAUGUUAAAUCUGAUGAAUAAUGGAUCAUUUCAUCAUAAUAAAUAGAUAUGAAUGGAAUUUUAGGAGUUGAUAUUUAUGCAAUGAUAGAUUCUGGAAGCUCAUUGUUGAUCUUUCCUAAAAAUAUAUUAGUAAAUUUACAAAAUGUGUUUACCAAUUGUGUAUGGACAGAAAUUAUUAAAUGCUCUUGUCCAACAAAUGAUAUUUCUGAAUUUCCUACAAUAAAAAUUCUUUUAGAUAGUUAAGAAUUUUCAUUAGAACCUUAAUUCUAUAUUCAUACAAAUAAUCAUGAACCUAUAUGUUAUGUAUUAAUAUCAAAUAUUCGAUCACAUAAUGACUAAUUAAUGAUUUUAGGUAGUCCUUUUAUGAGAAAAUAUUACACAAUAUUUGAUAAACAAAAUAGUUAGAUUGGUUUAGUUGAAUCAAUACAUUUUUAAGAAUCUAAUUCAAAGAAUUUGCUUAAGAACUUCUUUACAUUGAUUGCAUGUACAAUUAUAGCUAUUGGGAUUAUAAAGAUUGUCAAUUAUAUUAUGGAAUAUGAAUUAAGAAAAUACAAUAAUCAGAAAUCUUUAAUGGUUUGA